AUGGCCACUACUAUCCCUGUUCCCUUCGCUGAUCUCGGCAAGGCCUCCAACGACUUGCUCGGCAAGGACUUCCCCGUCGGCCACACCAAGUUCGAGCUCAAGACUGUUGCCCCCAACGGCGUUACCUUCAACGUCCUCGGUAGCCAGGAUAACAAGUCUGGCCACAUCAAUGGUGAGCUCAAGACCAAGUACGUCGACUUCAAAAACGGCUUGACCGUCACCGAGGCCUGGACCACCGGCAACCUCCUUACCACCCAGAUCGAGGUUGAGAACCAGAUCGCCAAGGGCUUGAAGUUGGACGUCACUGGAGGCUUCCUCCCCCACGAGGGUAAGAAGAGCGCCAAGGUCGGCGUCCAGUACAAGCAGCUCGGCUUCAACUCUCGUGCCCAUGUCGAUCUCUUCAAGGGCCCCACCUUCACAGGUGAUGUCGUCGUUGGCCGUGAUGGUUUCACCGUCGGAGGUGAUGUCGCUUACGAUGUUGGCGGUGCCUACGUUACCCGUUUCGCCGCUGCUGCCGGCUUCACCGCCCCCGAGUACUCCGUCACACUCCAUGCGCACAACUCCUUCAAGAUCUUCUCUGCCUCGUACUACCACCGCAUCAACGCUGACCUCGAGGCCGGUGGAAAGGCCGUUUGGGACACGAAAGCCGCCCCUGCUGGCGACAAGGCCAAGGCCCCCGUUGCUCUUGAGGUCGGUGCCAAGUUGUACCUCGACCGCGAUGCCUUUGUCAAGGCCAAGGUCAACAACGCCGGUGUUCUCGGUCUCGGCUACACUCAGGCUCUCCGCAAGGGCAUCAAGGUCUCGAUCGCCGGUCUCUUUGACACCACCAAGCUGGAUCAGGCUGCCCACAAGCUCGGUCUCUCCUUCGUCUUUGAGGCAUAA